CAGAUUGAGAUGAGAAUUAAAGUUAUGAAUUAUACAAUUUAAUACAAUGAUUUCUUCAUUUUCAUUUAUGUUCACGUGAGACAAUCUUACAAUUAAAAAAGUUGCAUGUGAUCGAUGUUACAAUACCAAAAAACUAUCAGGUGAAACUUUGCGAAAGAAAGAAAGAAAGGAAACAGAAAUAAAAAAUAUGACAGCUCCUCGCCUAGUAUAAACAAGUCGAUUACAACUUUCUUCUACUUUGUUUUACGCUUAAUUAAUUAUUUCCUAUAAAGUGCAAGUUUUAUUAAUUGUGGAAAAGAAGUUGACAUAGAAAGUUUUAAAUUGUCGAGAUCAUUGUUUUUACUUUGUGGUGAAUAGAUAUUGGUAUACCAUGGCCGACUCUGGGGUAGAUACCAGUAAUGAGAGCAGCGAUAAUCCAAUAUUUGACCACUCCCAGUGCAUUUUAGAAUUCAGCCCACCAGCUAUACCCAUAAAUCAAGCUGGCCAGCCGAUGCCAAUAGACUUUUUGACAGAACCACACGAACAUGUGGGAAAAAUUAAGUGUUCUACUAAAGCCAGACAAUACAGACUGAAAUACAGGUACAGUGGUGCAAAAUGUUCGUCCAAAAAUCAUAAAUUACGUUUCGCCGCUUCUACUAAUAAUACAGAACUUGUGGAGAAACUUCUGUUAUCAGGAGCUGACCCAAAUUCUUCAGAUGAACACAAAAGAAGUCCAUUGCAUUUAGCUGCCUGUCGUGGUUAUGUCGACGUCAUUAAAAUCUUGUUAAGACAUGGUGCUAACCCCAAUAUUAAAGAUACAUUGGGCAAUACACCCCUUCACCUUGCAGCUUGCACCAAUCACAUUCCUGUUGUGAUCGAACUUCUUGAUGCUGGCACAGAUGUCAGUUUGCACGACAAGAAUGGACACAAUCCUAUACAAUUAGCCCAGAGCAAACUGAAAUUAAUACAAAUGCGUCCUAGUGGGGCUGGAAACUUUGAGGAGACGAAACACCUGAUUGGAGAAAUAUGUUUAGUUGUUGAAAUGAUGCUAAAGUAUAUGAAGAUGCAGAAAGCUGAUGCUAGCGAUUUGGAAUCUGUCUGCCAAAGGCUAGAGCGUGUCAGUACUCGUGAACAAGUAGAUUCUGAAGUACAAAACCUUUUGGACAGUUUAGAUUCUCUCAAAUUGAGAUAAUUGUUUAAAAUUUUACAGAUGUUUAUGAAGACUGUUUUUGAAUAUAACUGUCUAAGAUUAAGAGAGCUCAAUGAAAUGUUUAGAUAUUCUAAACUAUUUUAUUGAUAAGAUAAAUUAUGUUUAUAUUAUAACUUUUGUGAGACAUACUAAAUUAAUUAUUAUGUUU